UUUCUUUAUUACAGCUUCAAUACCAGCGAAACAUUCGUUUCGUCUACACAAACUUCGGCCAAUAUACCGCAGGCGACUGAGACAAAUAUACAAAACGUUCAUAUAAUGGCAGCUGAGCAACCUAUAUUGUAUGUAACACCUGCAACAGAUAACGCUCAGCUAGUCGCUCAUCAUUCAACCACCAGCUUAACGCAACCGAACACAAAUCCUGACUCUACAGUUGAAAAUGAGCAACAAGCAUCGAGCCAAUCAGAUGCAUUUAAAAUACCAACGGAUGCAUUGCAGGCGAAUACAACACCGCCAUUACAGGAGUAUGCAUCAACUGGACGUGCCGUUGACUAUAAUCGUCCGGCAUAUAAUUACAAUCGACUUAUCACGCCUUUAAUCAAAAGCCCAACAUUAUCAGCGCCAGUAGUACGUGCACGACCGACAACGGUUGUUUCGCCAUCGCAAAAAACAUCUAACAUUGGGCAAAUAGUCUAUCCAAACGCGUCUAACGUACGACGGCCACCAAAUCGAGCGGAAAUUAAUAAACUUACGGGCAAAGCUCAAUUUAGUGAUCGUUUCACCCCUGGUGAAGCUACAGCUGCGGGACAAUUUGCCAAACAUCAUAAACACAACCACGCUCAUAAAGCGGCAAAUUCGGUCAAUUCAGCUAACAAGGUAGCGGCUGCUUCACAAAUCAUACAACAAACGUACAAACCGCCGAAUAAUAUCUACUCGUUUCCACCAAAUGUAAAUGCACAAUAUUCGUCACCAUAUCAGGACCCCAAAGCCGCCCUGCCCUCAAGCAAUGUCAACAGUUAUGCCCCGCCACCGUCUGGCCAAUUGCUGGACGCAGCUGGCAGCAGCGACGCAGGUUACAAAUAUGCAGGGCCUACUAAUCCUGAUUAUCUGCCGCCAUCAGGAAAAGAUGGAACCAAUGAAGAUAUGAAAAAACCAAUGCCUUCUACCACCGAUGAUCAGAAGGGCAUGGAAGGCGAUGUGGAUGCUGACAACGAUAAUGGCUCCGAUGAUACUAUAGGUGUUCUACCAGCCAGCGCUAUGGGUGAUCCAGAAAAAGAUAUGGAUGGCAAAGAUGCGGGCAUGAAUAUGAAUAAUGAUGGAGGGGAUAGUGCUGGGCCAAUGGCUGAUAACCAUGAUCAUGAUCAUCCUCCACCUGAUGAUGACACAGAGUACCCUACACCACCGCCUGGUUGGGUGGAAGAGCAUCCCGAUACCGCACAUGAUAGUCCACACGUGCAUAGCGCCUUCCAGGAUCUGCAUAGUGAUCACCACUAUGAUUUCCAUCAUGAUCAUUUGCCUUCAUAUCCUCAAUAUUUUCACCCUUAUCCACAAAUUAUAUGGGAUGAUCAUCAUCCACAUCAUGAACAUCCGUCACCACCACCACCACCACCAACGCUGCCACCUAUCACUACCGAGAUUCCGCCCCCAGAACCUCCACCAGAGCCACGUGUUAAAAAAUAUAGCUACUUUUACAUUGGUCGAAAGUUGUGGUAUAUACCCCUUUACUUUACGGUUUGGUUUAGUUUUUAUGUACUAUGGCUCAUUCUAAAAUCGAUUGCGCGGCAUAAGGUCAAUUUACCGAAUCACUAUGUCAGCAGGCGUAGUCUACCGGAUUUGCCUAUGACACAGACACAGACAAACGAAUACAUUAACGACUUAACCGUAUCUGUUUUAGAAAAAAUUGAAAACUUCCAAAGGAAGUUUGCCAUAUGACUGAAGGCUGAAUCAA